AUGGAGUAUGACUUCAGUUCAGAGACCUACAGUGACUCUAACCUCUGCUCCGUUGUCCCACGGGUCCAGUGCUCAUUCUUCUUCAACUGGAUCAUCACCUGGAAUGUCUACUUCUUCUGGGCAAACGUCUUUUUGGCUAUUUGCAACCAAGGAUGUCAAGGAGAAUUUCAGCCAGCCGGUGUAGCUGAUGAGAUGUGCGCAGGAGACCCGGUGUCGGAGUGGGUUUCUACCUUCCAGUCAAACAUCCCUCCUGUGGUGAUGGAUCCACGUCACAAGAUUCCAGACAUAUUCAUUGCAAUCACCACUGGGCUUGUCCGUGCCACAACUGUCGCCCCACACAGUUCCAGAACAGAGGCCACAACUUCCCUGCGUGUAAGUGGAACAGCAAAGAGUGAGGCAUCCACAGGGAUAGCGUGUGAAGUCACAGGGCUGCACCCUUUGCAAACGUUCGUGGCCCAAGCGUUGUCCCAUCUCUGUUCAGAGGCUACCACUUUUGCAGACGUUGGAAUGCGCACUGCAGUUAGAGCUGCAGCUAAUUCCACUUCAGUAGCAGCUAGAGUGACAACCAGCCCCUACAUAUCCCAGCCAGUGUGUCCAAGCACCCUUCCACCAACCCCAGUGUGCCGCGGUCCACUGGGAGAAGAGAAAUCUCCUGGAGACAUAUGGACAUCUAAUUGCCAUCAAUGUACGUGUACUGAAGCUCAGGCCGUAGACUGCAAAUGGAAAGAGUGUCCUUCUCCGCCCACAUGCAAAACUGGAGAGAAGCUGAUGACAUUCAAAUCGAAUGAUUCUUGCUGUGAAAUUGGCCACUGUGAACCAAGAACAUGUUUAUUUAACAAUACUGAGUAUGAGAUUGGGUCAUCGUUUGACGACCCUAGCAAUCCGUGUGUCACCUACACCUGCAACAGCACUGGCUUGGCGGCUGUGGUUCAGGACUGCCCGAAGCAAACCUGGUGCGCAGAGAGAGAGAGAACAUAUGAUUCAAAGAAAUGUUGCUAUACAUGUAAAAGUGACUGCAGAACCGCUCCCGUGAAGGUAACCAUUAAAUACAACGGUUGUAGGAAAAAGGUUCAGAUGGCAAGAUGUGUGGGAGAAUGCAAAAGGACCGUCAAGUACAAUUAUAAUACCCAUCAAUUGGAGAAUUCAUGUUUCUCCUGCCGUGAAGACAACUAUGAGUUAAGAGACAUCGACCUGGAUUGUUCUGAUGGUAGCACCAUCCCUUACCAAUACAGGCACACAACAACUUGCUCUUGUCUGGACCAGUGCGCACAGUCUACAGCUAGUUAG